CUACUACCUCCACAAACAGCCCGACAUAGUGGAAGAUUGCACCAAUGGGGACAUCUCCACCGAUUCCUACCGCCGCUUCCAUCGAGACAUCCAAAUGCUAAAACAUCUAGGCAUCAAAAGCUACAGAUUCUCCCUAUCCUGGACUAGAAUCCUUCCAGAUGGAACUACCAAUAGGAUAAACCCACGGGGGAUCGCUCAUUAUCGAAAAUUCAUAGACUUAUUGUUACAAAAUGAUAUAAUACCACUUGUAACUUUAUACCAUUGGGAUUUACCAGUUUCUUUCGCUAAAAAGGGCGGCUGGUUACACAAAAACACAGCAGAUAAAUUCGGAGAUUACGCAAGAAUAGCUUUUCUUGCGUUCGGCGAUAAAGUAAAGCAUUGGAUAACGAUAAACGAACCUUUUAUACAUUGUUUUUCAGCUACGGACUAGGGACGCAUCCUCCUUUGAUAAAAUCGCCUGGGAAAGGAUUCUAUGAGUGUGGGAGGAAUCUUCUGCUGGGGCAUGCUAAAGCUUGGCGUAUUUAUGAUGAGGAGUUCAGGUUUCAGGGGGGAAGUGGGGUUGGUUGUGGAUGCUCAAUGGCCGAUAGCUGCUAGUAAGUCGGAAGAAGAUGAAGAAGCUGUGAAGGAUUAUUUGGCUUCAUAUAUCGGACAAUACCUAGACCCAGUUUUCAAGGGAGACUACCCUCAACGUCUGACAGACCGCGUGGCGGCUGCCAGCGCCGUCAGGACACAAGUCGAGACUCCGACCUUUCAGUACAGAGGAGAAGGAAUAUAUAAAUGGAACUUAUGAUUUCGUUGGCAUUAAUCAUUAUAGCAGCGUGAUGGUGUACAGAAACGAGUCAGUGACAGGAAUGUAUGAAUCUCCGUCUUUCUAUGAUGACGUCGGCAUCGGCCAAUACAUGGAUGACUCGUGGCCUGCCAGCUCGUUGGACAUGAUGAGAGACUACGCCCCAGGAUUCCACUCCCUACUCCUAUACCUUAAGGACACCUACAACAACCCAAUCAUCGUCAUCACUGAGAGUGGGUUCCCCCUAUCACCAGCCGAAGACCUUGGUGAUGAGAAGAAGGUUGAUUAUAUGAGGAAUUACUUGAACGCAUUGUUGGACGCGAGAGCUGAUGGUGUUAAUUGUAUUGGGUACUUCUUUUGGUCACUGAUGGAUAGCUUUGAAUGGGCCAGCGGGUAUGGGUACAAAUUCGGCCUUUACCAAGUGGAUUUCGAGAACCCUCACAGAAAAGCGACCGCUCGCAAAUCGGCGCUAGUUUAUAAGGAGAUCAUACGCACUGGGAUGAUAGACGCAAGAUACGACCCCGACCCGUAUUGUAAUACAACUGUUUUUUAAACUUGGUUGGAGUAACUCAUAAUAUUCGAUAUAUAAGAUGAUAUGUUAAUAAUAACCACAAAAUUACAAUUUUGAAAAAACCCCCGACCGCGACGUAGUAGACCGAUUUUCAUGAAACAUGGCUAAGAACACUCCUGACUAACUCAGCUUUCA